UUUCGACUUCAGCACUGGCAAGUGAAGGCAAUUCAAGAAAUGUACCAGAGGUGGCUUUCAUGCAGCUCUGUGUGGAGCCAAGCAUGUGAAAAGGUGCAUGAGGCUCAGUUGGAGCACGUCCAAAAGGGCUGUCUGAUGAGAACCAAGACCAGCAUUAAGGCUGACAGUGGUCACAUCAAACGCUCACAC